CGGUUAAUCGGCGGCAGGUGAGCAGAAGCGACUCGGGCGGAGGAAGCCGCCGCUGUUGCAGCCGUCGCGCUCCCUUUCGUGAGGGCGAGCGGCGUGUCCUUCCGCCAGCGAGCGAGGGCUGUUUCCGGAUCGCUCGCGGCGGCCUCCCGUCUCGGUCUCCCCGCCACUGAGAGCCGCCCUUCCCCCGCCGCAGCCGCCGCCGCCUCCUCCUCCUCUCCGCCGCUGCCCCGGCGCCGCCUUUCUCUCUUUCUUCUUCGCGGCCGAGGAGAGACCAGCUCCCCCGCGCCGACGCCGGGCUGGAGCCUUCAAACGCGAACAACGCUUCCGCCGCCAUGGCCCAGAUCCUGCCCAUCCGCUUCCAGGAGCAUCUCCAGCUCCAGAACCUGGGCAUCAACCCGGCCAACAUUGGCUUCAGCACUCUGACCAUGGAGUCUGACAAAUUCAUCUGCAUACGUGAGAAAGUGGGGGAGCAGGCCCAGGUGGUCAUUAUCGACAUGAACGACCCCAGCAACCCCAUCCGCAGGCCGAUUUCAGCUGACAGCGCCAUCAUGAACCCUGCCAGCAAGGUCAUUGCCCUGAAAGCUGGGAAGACCCUUCAGAUCUUUAAUAUUGAAAUGAAGAGCAAAAUGAAGGCCCACACCAUGACGGACGAUGUCACCUUCUGGAAGUGGAUCUCUCUGAACACCGUCGCGCUCGUCACAGACAACGCUGUGUACCACUGGAGCAUGGAAGGCGAGUCCCAGCCCGUCAAGAUGUUCGAUCGCCAUUCUAGUCUGGCAGGCUGCCAGAUCAUCAACUACCGCACAGAUGCCAAGCAGAAAUGGCUGCUUUUGACCGGAAUAUCCGCACAGCAAAACCGUGUCGUCGGAGCCAUGCAGCUUUAUUCGGUGGAUCGGAAGGUGUCCCAGCCCAUCGAAGGCCACGCCGCUAGCUUUGCGCAGUUCAAGAUGGAAGGCAACGCAGAGGAAUCCACCCUCUUCUGUUUCGCAGUGAGAGGGCAAGCGGGAGGCAAGUUGCAUAUCAUUGAGGUUGGCACCCCUCCCACCGGGAACCAGCCCUUUCCGAAGAAAGCCGUGGAUGUCUUCUUCCCACCGGAAGCACAGAAUGAUUUCCCAGUAGCGAUGCAGAUCAGCGAAAAGCACGAUGUAGUUUUCUUGAUCACAAAAUACGGUUACAUCCACCUCUAUGACCUCGAAACUGGGACUUGUAUCUACAUGAACAGAAUCAGUGGGGAGACCAUCUUCGUCACUGCUCCGCAUGAAGCCACGUCGGGAAUCAUCGGCGUCAACAGAAAAGGACAAGUGCUGUCGGUGUGUGUCGAGGAAGAGAACAUCAUUCCUUACAUCACGAAUGUGCUGCAAAACCCCGACCUGGCGCUGCGCAUGGCCGUCCGCAACAACCUCGCCGGGGCCGAAGAGCUCUUCGCCCGGAAAUUCAACGCGCUCUUCGCGCAGGGCAGCUACUCGGAAGCAGCCAAAGUGGCAGCAAACGCCCCAAAGGGAAUACUGCGUACCCCGGACACGAUCCGGCGGUUCCAGAGCGUCCCAGCCCAGCCGGGCCAGACCUCCCCGUUGCUCCAGUAUUUUGGCAUCCUGCUAGACCAAGGUCAGCUGAACAAGUACGAGUCCUUAGAACUCUGCCGCCCGGUGCUGCAACAGGGACGCAAGCAGCUGCUGGAGAAGUGGCUCAAAGAAGACAAGUUGGAAUGCUCUGAAGAAUUGGGAGACCUCGUGAAAUCCGUGGACCCCACGCUGGCUCUGAGUGUCUACCUUCGGGCGAACGUUCCCAACAAAGUCAUCCAGUGCUUCGCCGAGACCGGACAAGUUCAGAAGAUUGUGCUCUACGCGAAAAAGGUCGGCUACACUCCAGACUGGAUCUUUCUCCUGAGGAAUGUAAUGCGAAUCAGUCCAGACCAAGGGCAGCAGUUUGCCCAGAUGCUAGUACAAGACGAGGAGCCGCUUGCAGACAUCACUCAGAUCGUGGACGUGUUCAUGGAAUACAACCUGAUUCAGCAGUGCACAGCUUUUCUGCUGGAUGCCCUGAAGAACAACCGCCCCUCCGAAGGCCCUCUGCAGACCCGCUUGCUUGAAAUGAAUCUCAUGCAUGCCCCUCAGGUUGCGGACGCCAUCUUAGGAAACCAAAUGUUCACUCACUACGACCGGGCCCACAUCGCUCAGCUGUGCGAGAAGGCAGGUCUCCUCCAGAGAGCUCUGGAGCACUUCACCGACCUGUAUGACAUCAAGCGUGCCGUCGUUCACACCCACCUUCUCAACCCGGAGUGGCUGGUGAACUAUUUUGGGUCCCUUUCCGUGGAGGACUCCCUGGAGUGCCUGCGCGCGAUGCUCUCCGCAAACAUCCGCCAGAACCUGCAGAUCUGUGUCCAGGUGGCUUCGAAGUACCACGAGCAGCUUUCCACGCAGGCUCUAAUUGAGCUCUUCGAAUCUUUCAAGAGUUUUGAAGGUCUCUUCUAUUUCCUGGGCUCCAUCGUCAACUUCAGCCAGGAUGCCGACGUGCACUUCAAAUACAUCCAAGCCGCUUGCAAGACGGGCCAGAUAAAAGAAGUGGAAAGAAUUUGUCGAGAAAGCAACUGCUACGACCCAGAGCGGGUUAAGAAUUUUCUCAAGGAAGCGAAGCUGACGGAUCAGCUCCCCCUCAUUAUCGUCUGCGACCGCUUUGACUUCGUCCACGACCUGGUGCUGUACCUGUACCGAAACAACCUCCAAAAGUACAUCGAGAUCUACGUGCAAAAGGUGAACCCCAGCCGCCUCCCUGUGGUCAUCGGAGGCCUGCUCGAUGUGGACUGCUCUGAGGAUGUCAUCAAGAGCCUGAUUCUGGUGGUCAGGGGGCAGUUCUCCACGGACGAGCUCGUUGCAGAAGUGGAGAAGAGGAACAGGUUGAAGCUUCUGCUGCCGUGGCUGGAAGCCAGAAUCCACGAAGGCUGCGAGGAGCCGGCUACGCACAACGCGCUGGCCAAAAUCUACAUCGACAGCAACAACAACCCCGAAAGAUUCCUGCGCGAGAACCCCUACUAUGACAGCCGGGUGGUGGGGAAGUACUGCGAGAAGAGAGACCCUCACCUGGCCUGCGUGGCGUACGAGCGGGGCCAGUGCGACCAGGAGCUCAUUAACGUGUGCAAUGAGAAUUCCCUCUUCAAGAGCCUCUCGCGUUACUUGGUGCGCCGCAAGGACCCGGAGCUGUGGGCCAGCGUGCUGCUGGAGAGCAACCCUUACCGGAGGCCCCUGAUCGACCAGGUUGUUCAGACAGCUCUUUCGGAGACUCAGGACCCCGAAGAAGUCUCCGUUACAGUCAAGGCUUUCAUGACAGCCGACCUUCCCAAUGAACUCAUUGAGCUGCUGGAGAAGAUCGUUCUCGAUAAUUCCGUGUUCAGUGAACAUAGAAACCUCCAGAACCUUCUCAUCCUGACAGCCAUCAAGGCCGACCGCACCCGGGUCAUGGAAUACAUCAAUCGCCUGGACAACUACGACGCCCCGGAUAUCGCCAACAUUGCCAUCAGCAACGAGCUGUUCGAAGAGGCUUUUGCCAUCUUCCGGAAGUUUGAUGUCAACACGUCUGCUGUACAGGUUUUGAUCGAGCACAUUGGGAAUCUGGACCGUGCCUACGAAUUUGCCGAGCGCUGCAACGAGCCCGCCGUGUGGAGCCAGCUCGCCAAAGCUCAGCUUCACAAAGGGAUGGUCAAGGAAGCGAUAGACUCCUACAUCAAAGCAGACGAUCCCUCGUCAUACAUGGAGGUUGUCCAGGCUGCCAAUACCAGCGGAAACUGGGAAGAGCUCGUGAAGUACCUGCAAAUGGCCCGCAGGAAGGCCCGGGAGUCCUACGUGGAGACAGAACUCAUUUUCGCGCUGGCGAAGACAAACCGCUUGGCAGAGCUGGAAGAAUUCAUCAAUGGCCCGAAUAACGCUCACAUCCAGCAAGUCGGUGAUCGUUGCUACGAUGAAAAGAUGUACGACGCAGCCAAACUCCUCUACAACAAUGUGUCCAACUUUGGCCGUUUGGCUUCCACGUUGGUUCACCUUGGGGAGUACCAGGCAGCUGUUGACGGGGCUCGGAAAGCGAACAGCACUCGCACUUGGAAGGAGGUUUGCUUUGCCUGCGUCGACGGGAAGGAGUUCCGUCUAGCCCAGAUGUGUGGCCUCCACAUCGUCGUGCAUGCCGACGAGCUGGAGGAGCUCAUCAACUACUACCAGGACCGUGGCUACUUCGAAGAGCUGAUCACCAUGUUGGAAGCGGCCCUGGGGCUGGAGCGGGCCCAUAUGGGCAUGUUCACGGAACUGGCCAUCCUCUACUCAAAAUUCAAGCCCCAGAAGAUGAGGGAGCACCUGGAGCUCUUCUGGUCCCGCGUCAAUAUUCCCAAGGUGUUACGGGCGGCUGAGCAAGCACACCUGUGGGGAGAGCUGGUCUUCCUCUAUGAUAAAUACGAGGAAUAUGACAACGCGAUCAUCACCAUGAUGAACCACCCGACGGAUGCCUGGAAGGAAGGGCAGUUCAAGGACAUCAUCACCAAGGUGGCCAAUGUGGAGCUGUACUACAAAGCCAUCCAGUUCUACCUGGAGUUCAAGCCCCUGCUGCUCAACGAUUUGCUGAUGGUGCUGUCUCCCCGCCUCGAUCACACCCGGGCAGUCAAUUUCUUCAGCAAGGUGAAACAGCUUCCACUGGUGAAGCCCUACCUGCGCUCUGUCCAGAACCACAAUAACAAGUCGGUGAACGAGUCCCUGAACAACCUCUUCAUCUCAGAGGAAGACUACCAGGCCCUCAGGACAUCGAUAGACGCCUACGACAACUUCGACAACAUCUCCCUCGCGCAGCGCCUCGAGAAGCACGAGCUGAUCGAGUUCCGGAGGAUCGCCGCCUACCUUUUCAAAGGCAACAACCGCUGGAAGCAAAGUGUGGAGCUCUGCAAGAAGGACCGGCUGUACAAGGAUGCCAUGCAGUACGCGUCCGAGUCCAAGGACACGGAGCUGGCCGAGGAGCUGCUGCAGUGGUUCCUGCAGGAGGGCAAGCAGGAGUGCUUCGGGGCCUGCCUCUUCACGUGCUACGAUCUCCUCCGGCCGGACGUGGUCCUGGAAACCGCCUGGAGCCACAACAUCAUGGACUUCGCCAUGCCCUACUUCAUCCAGGUCAUGAAGGAAUACCUGAGCAAGGUUGAUACAAUAAAGGAAAAGGUGGACAAGCUGGAUGCCUCAGAGUCGCUGAGGAAAGAGGAAGAGCAGGCCACAGAGACACAGCCCAUUGUUUAUGGUCAGCCCCAGCUCAUGUUGACAGCGGGCCCCAGCGUCGCAGUCCCCCCGCAAGCACCUUUUGGGUAUGGCUACACCGCACCUGCGUACGGGCAACCUCAGCCUGGCUUUGGGUACACUAUGUAAUAAGGCAAGUCCAGAGCCAGCUUUGAUUCGCUGCAACUCCACCGUCCCUCCCACUUCAACUCGACAGGGAAAAACCUCGGUGUCCUUGUAAUCUUUACUUCAUGAAGGACUGCGUUUUCGUUCGUUCCCCCUUCCCUCCACCAGCGCAAGCUCCUUAAAUCCCACUUCUGCAUAAUCCUUUUUUUUUAUUCACAUUCCAUGUCACUUAGAUCUUGCUCUUCUUUCAAAUGAGAAUAAUUUGAAAUGUUCAAGUGGGGCUUUCUCCCCCCUCCCCCCCCUUUUUUUUGGCAAGACUGCAUCUUGACAUUAACGGCAGUCUUCUGUGACUAUUCCGAUUUGCACUCUGUAACGUUUAAACUCUUAUCGAAACUCUUAAGUUCAGUGUAUGUGAGCAGCUUGCAAAUAUGUACCGUCUUAUCCUAAAAUGCAUUUAAAAGUCUCAUUGUAUAUUCCGAAGGAGGUGGAAAAAGCUACAGCGGAAAGAGAAUUGUAGUUGGAGUUGAAACACUAAUUGGCAUAUCCUGCCCCAGUCGGAUCGCUUAGCUCUUAAAAAAACGAUCUUAAAAAGAUGCGUACAGAAACAUUUCCUGAAUAUUGAAGAAACAAACCUAGUAGAGAUUUCCCUCUUAACCUGUGCAGGUUUGCAGUUAGUUGUAGAGAGAACUCUAGCAUUUGCUCACUCCGUAUGUAAACAGACGACCCUUCUCUUGUGCUACUGUACCCUGUGCUUUUUUGUGGGGACCAUUCUUACUUUCCAUUGAGGAACAAGAGGGAGCAACGUAAAUCCAACCUCGCGUGUAUUUGACUAACCCUGCCUUGAGGUUUGUGUUUGUUGGGUAUUGUGAUGUUCAAGAUCACUUUUUUUCUUCCCGAGUGUACAGAAGAAAGAGAAAUUUGGGCAGGACGGGUGCAGGGGCAGAACCCAAUUGUGUUCAGUUUUGUUUGUGCAAUUUACAAUGGCUCAAAUUGGAAAAAAAUAAAUUACCGGACUGUGGACAUACUCUAUAGUAGUUUUUCAGUAUGUAUCUCUUUUCAAACUCCUUUUCCAUGUACAUGCUUGGCCUCAAAAUAACAAAAGGUUGAACAGUGUUCUUUGGGUCAAAAGGGAGGGACCAGCAACUUAGCAAAAUACCAAAUUGUUCCUAUGGAGAUUAUAUUGGCAGGUGACUUGCACUGAAGAGAUUACUUGAGAUGUGUCUGAUAAAUACUUGGAACUAUAUAUGGGAUAGGAGCAGGAUGAAGGCACUUUUCAGCAUUUGGCUACAGCUGGGCCAAUGAAAGCAUCUUCUAUCCAGGCGAAGAAAAAAAAAAAAACCUCUUUAGGGUUGUAGUUUUGAGUGUUUCCAGUUUAAAAAUCUGGCAAAAAAGAUCAUGUUAUAGGUAUGUUAAGUUGCCUUAAUAUAUUUAGCUUCAAAAUAAAAAUGACUUCAAUGUUCAA